AAGCCGAGAGCGAGUGAACGGGAGGACACGGAGCGAGGGAGGGAGCGCGGAGGCCGCGGGCCGCUGUCUGGGGAGCAGGGUCGGCGUCGGCACCACCAUGUCGCGCUCGGUGCUGCAGCCCAGUCAGCAGAAGCUGGCGGAGAAGCUCACCAUCCUCAACGACCGCGGCAUCGGCAUGCUCACCCGCCUCUACAAUAUCAAGAAGCAAGGACAAGUUUGGAAGGCAUGUGGAGACCCAAAAGCAAAACCAUCAUAUUUAAUUGACAAAAACCUGGAAUCUGCUGUGAAAUUCAUAGUCAGAAAAUUUCCUGCUGUAGAGACUCGCAACAACAAUCAACAGCUUGCGCAGCUGCAGAAAGAAAAAUCCGAGAUUUUAAAGAAUUUGGCAUUAUACUACUUCACCUUUGUAGAUGUUAUGGAAUUUAAGGAUCAUGUUUGUGAAUUGCUGAAUACUAUUGAUGUUUGCCAAGUCUUCUUUGAUAUUACUGUAAACUUUGAUUUAACAAAGAACUACCUUGAUUUGAUCAUAACUUACACAACAUUAAUGAUACUGCUCUCACGAAUUGAAGAAAGAAAAGCAAUCAUUGGAUUGUACAAUUAUGCUCAUGAAAUGACCCAUGGAGCAAGUGAUCGAGAAUAUCCAAGACUUGGCCAGAUGAUUGUAGAUUAUGAAAAUCCUUUAAAGAAAAUGAUGGAAGAAUUUGUACCACAUAGCAAGUCUCUUUCAGAUGCCCUAAUUUCACUACAGAUGGUAUAUCCUCGUAGAAAUCUUUCAGCUGACCAAUGGAGAAAUGCACAGUUACUGAGCCUUAUUAGUGCACCCAGUACAAUGCUUAAUCCUGCACAAUCUGACACAAUGCCAUGUGAAUAUCUUUCUUUGGAUGCCAUGGAAAAAUGGAUAAUCUUCGGCUUUAUUUUGUGUCAUGGGAUCCUGAAUACUGAUACUACAGCACUGAACCUUUGGAAAUUAGCUCUUCAAAGUAGUUCUUGCCUCUCUCUCUUUCGGGAUGAAGUUUUUCACAUUCAUAAAGCUGCUGAAGACUUGUUCGUAAACAUAAGAGGCUACAACAAACGUAUUAAUGACAUAAGAGAGUGCAAAGAAGCAGCAGUGUCACAUGCUGGUUCUAUGCAUAGAGAAAGACGUAAGUUUUUAAGAUCUGCACUGAAAGAAUUAGCAACUGUCUUGUCUGAUCAACCUGGCUUGCUAGGACCUAAGGCACUUUUUGUAUUUAUGGCAUUAUCUUUUGCUCGUGAUGAAAUCAUUUGGCUACUGCGUCAUGCAGAUAACAUGCCAAAGAAGAGUGCAGAUGACUUUAUAGAUAAGCACAUUGCUGAACUGAUAUUCUACAUGGAAGAGCUCAGGGCACAUGUGAGAAAAUAUGGACCAGUAAUGCAGAGAUAUUAUGUGCAGUAUCUCUCUGGCUUUGAUGCUGUGGUUUUAAAUGAGCUUGUUCAGAAUCUUUCAGUGUGCCCUGAAGAUGAGUCAAUCAUCAUGUCCUCCUUUGUUAAUACUAUGACUUCCCUAAGUGUAAAACAAGUUGAAGAUGGGGAAGUAUUUGAUUUCCGAGGGAUGAGAUUAGACUGGUUUAGAUUGCAGGCAUACACAAGUGUCUCUAAGGCUUCUCUAGGCCUUGCUGAUCACAGGGAACUUGGAAAGAUGAUGAAUACUAUAAUUUUCCAUACAAAAAUGGUAGAUUCUUUGGUGGAAAUGUUGGUGGAAACCUCAGAUCUCUCUAUAUUUUGUUUUUAUAGUCGUGCAUUUGAGAAGAUGUUUCAGCAAUGUUUGGAACUCCCCUCUCAAUCAAGAUACUCAAUUGCAUUCCCACUGCUUUGUACUCAUUUUAUGAGUUGCACACAUGAGCUGUGUCCAGAAGAGAGACAUCAUAUUGGGGAUCGGAGUCUUUCAUUGUGUAAUAUGUUCUUGGAUGAAAUGGCUAAGCAAGCUAGAAAUCUCAUUACAGAUAUUUGCACAGAACAGUGUACUCUUAGUGACCAGUUGCUGCCAAAACAUUGUGCCAAAACCAUCAGUCAGGCAGUCAACAAAAAAUCCAAAAAACAGACUGGAAAGAAAGGGGAACCUGAAAGGGAGAAACCUGGAGUUGAAAGCAUGAGAAAAAAUAGACUGGUGGUAACCAACCUUGAUAAAUUGCACACUGCACUUUCUGAACUUUGUUUCUCAAUAAAUUAUGUACCAAACAUGGCUGUUUGGGAACACACCUUUACUCCAAGAGAAUAUUUGACUUCUCAUCUGGAAAUUCGCUUUACCAAGUCAAUCGUGGGGAUGACAAUGUAUAAUCAAGCCACACAAGAAAUUGCAAAACCUUCAGAGCUGUUAACAAGUGUAAGGGCAUACAUGACAGUACUCCAGUCAAUAGAAAAUUAUGUACAAAUUGACAUCACAAGAGUGUUUAACAAUGUUCUUCUUCAGCAAACACAACAUUUAGACAGUCAUGGAGAGCCAACCAUUACAAGCCUGUAUACAAAUUGGUAUUUGGAAACCUUAUUGAGACAAGUCAGCAAUGGCCAUAUAGCUUAUUUUCCUGCAAUGAAAGCAUUUGUGAAUUUGCCUACUGAAAAUGAGCUGACUUUCAAUGCUGAAGAAUAUUCAGACAUAUCAGAAAUGAGGUCACUAUCAGAAUUGCUAGGUCCAUAUGGUAUGAAGUUCCUCAGUGAAAGCCUUAUGUGGCAUAUUUCAUCACAAGUUGCUGAACUUAAGAAACUUGUGGUGGAGAAUGUUGAUGUUCUAACACAAAUGAGGACCAGUUUUGACAAACCAGACCAGAUGGCAGCUCUCUUUAAAAGAUUAUCUUCAGGCUCAGCAGGACAUCAACUUAGAAGCACUUUGUUUACCGCCGUUGACAGUGUUUUGAAGAGGAUGACUAUAAUUGGUGUGAUCCUGUCAUUCCGAUCAUUGGCACAAGAAGCACUUAGAGAUGUCUUAUCCUAUCACAUUCCUUUCCUUGUAAGUUCAAUUGAAGAUUUUAAGGACCACAUUCCAAGGGAAACUGAUAUGAAGGUUGCAAUGAAUGUUUAUGAAUUGUCCUCAGCUGCAGGAUUGCCAUGUGAGAUUGAUCCUGCCUUGGUUGUAGCACUCUCCUCCCAGAAAUCAGAAAACAUUAGUCCAGAAGAAGAAUAUAAAAUUGCCUGCCUUCUUAUGGUUUUUGUGGCAGUUUCUUUACCAACACUGGCCAGUAAUGUUAUGUCUCAAUACAGCCCAGCUAUUGAAGGACACUGCAACAACAUACAUUGCCUGGCAAAAGCCAUCAACCAGAUUGCUGCAGCAUUGUUUACUAUUCACAAAGGAAGCAUUGAAGAUCGCCUUAAAGAAUUUCUGGCUCUUGCAUCAUCUAGUCUAUUGAAAAUUGGUCAGGAGACGGAUAAAACUACAACAAGGAAUAGGGAAUCUGUUUAUUUACUGCUUGACAUGAUUGUUCAGGAAUCACCAUUCCUCACAAUGGAUCUUUUAGAAUCUUGUUUUCCUUAUGUCUUGCUGAGAAAUGCCUACCAUGCUGUCUACAAACAAAGUGUUACAUCCUCUGCAUAGAUAUCUACUUAUCGGAGAUAAGCACGCAUUUUUUGUUGCCUCAGUUUUACCUGUAAACUAUGGAGCUACUUUAUUUUAUGGCCUGACAGUUUUGUGGAUUAUGAACUUUUUUUUCUUAUAUACAGUUGUAUUUCUGAUCAGUGGUUUCUUAAUAUUGUUGUACUACAAUAUAAACUUGGUUGAUUUAGGUUGCACAUUCAUUGAAAUUAUUCCUUUUUCAUUUUAGAACAUCAUUUCUGUUUGACACUACAUCAACUACACAUUUUUGAUAUUUGAUAAUGCAAAACCAUACUUGCUUGUUUAUUUCUUUAAAAAAUGUAUUUAGUGAUUAUUUUAGAUAGUGUUCUAGCUUUCAUCUGUGUGUAAAUUAUUUCAUAUAGGGAAAAUUCUGAUCUAUACUUAUUGUUCUUAUUGAAAACCAGAAUUGAAUGUGCAUUUCUGUGAAGUAAUGACAUUUCUACUUUUUUCUUUCUUUUGAAACAUUUGCCAAACUAAAUAAUAUGACACUAGAUAACAUUUAAAAUGUUAUAGGACUGCUGAUAAUUAGAAGCAGACCAAGCCCCAAUAUUCUUAAACAGCAGCAAGUGUUGUUGUUUGUAUAAAGCAUAGUGACAUUUUUUUAGAUUAACAUCCAUGAUGCCCUAUUGGCAUUAGCACUACCAUUGUAUCCUGCUGUAUAAUAAACAUUCUUACGCAUUUAUCAAAUGUUGAUAAAAUGUUAGCCCUUAACCACUUUUAUAUGUUUUAAAUUUUUGAAAUUCAAGUGUAUCUUCCAUAACAUAAAUAAACACUAGACUGUAUCACA